UUCAAACGUGAGGUACCUCUAUACGCGGUGGUCCCUCGAUCGACGAUACAUUUGCACGGAAGUGUCCGAGGAACUGAAUCAAAACUUGUACGAUGCACUUUGCCAAGCAGAAUGCCUUGCCGAGGGUGAAAAUUCCCAAUGUGCUCCCACACAGCCUUGUACGACGUGCUCCCCAUUGCACCUCAGAGAGCUUAAUUUUCGACGAAAUGAGACCUUGACAAUUGUACCGCAGUUAUUUUGCAAAACACACAGGGCUAUUACUAUAAAUUGGGAAUCUGCAAAAUUGUUAGUGUUUUUAUUGGAGACUAGAGGAAAUGGUACUCAAUGGACCACUGCGACAAUGACGAGCUGUUCGAAAUGGACAAUGAAUUUAUUAAAACCAAAUAGUGACUACCAAAUGAGAUUGUGGGGGGUGUCCGCAACUGGAGAAGUAUUUGGACCAUAUGAAUCGGCUUGGAUCAGAACAACCCCUACCAGUUACACUCCUCUUCAAGUUCCCGAGUUAGUAAUACUUGACGCCCAACUCGUGGAGAAACACUACACAGCGUUGGUCGAAUGGAAGCCCGCCGAAGAUCGUUCGUGUUUUUACAAUUUGGUGUGGUACGGCAAUGAUGAAAGGACCAUGCAAAACGUGCAAGAGCGAGAAAUAAGAGAGGUCGACACCCUAUUCCGCUACAGGAUAACAGGCCUUGAACUGGGAACGGAAUACACCAUAAAGAUUAUCAGCAUAAACGGGAUCAUUACCCGGGAAAGCAAUAGCACAGAGCUAUCGUAUCACACACCGUCGUGCUUGGACGAAUUCAACAGCUUGGAGGUGUGCGUUCCUCCAGCACCAGAAGACCUGAAUGCAACGGAAGAGCUUUCAAGCGACGACGAUUACUUCAACCGAACAUACAGAUACAACGUUCAGGUAACUUGGUCCAAGCCUGCCUUGUUUCCGGACAACUACACAGUCACAAUCAACUCCUUGAGCACGUCACCCGAGUCCAAAAUUGUGGACGGGAACGAAACCUGCGCGACAUUCUUCGACGUACCUCUAGAGCCGACGUACUUCAUCUACAUCAAGGCCUCGUCAAGAGCGGGCGACGGUUUCGCCGAUACCGAAAAGCGAAUCGCGAGCGUUAAACCGCCAAGGUCUCGUUCAAGUCAGCUGCCAGUUAUCAUCGGUAGCGUUCUUGGGGCAAUAGCGAUUGCAAUAAUUGUAUUUCUUCUUUUAUAUCGUCGUUAUAAAAUAAGCAAAUCCAAGAGAAUUCGGAAGCUGCCCAUUUCGAACUGCUACGGCGACGACUUAAAGGGGAAGUGCUUGUCGGAAAUUGGGAGCGCGCCAGGCGAGUAUUACGUGCCCGAAAUGAUCAACGAUGAGUGGCAGCUGAAGGCCAAUCAGAUUGUGGUCGAUGAAAUAUUAGGCGAGGGGGCGUUCGGAGUGGUGCAUAAAGGGUACAUUAAAAUGGUGGAUGGAAGGGAGGUGGAAGUUGCUAUUAAAAUGCUUAAAGGUAAUCCGAAUGCUGAGGAAGUGAAACAGUUUGAGCAUGAGAUUGAAAUCAUGAAAUCGGUUGGUUCUCAUCCACACUUGGUGUCCUUGGUUGGGUGUUGUUCCAAACUGGGAUACCUGGGACCGUUUCUAGUUGUGGAGUAUUGCGUCAAGGGCGACCUGCUAUCAUAUUUACGAGCAGUUUGGGAGCACCUCGCUGGACAACCCUUAAAGUCACGUUACAUAAACACGCCGUGCUUCGUGGAAAAUAAUCAAAUGGACAACAACUUCUCAAACAAAAUAUAUUUACUGGGAGACGAUUUUAUUUUGGAUCCUCGUGACCUUUUAUCCUUUGCGCGACAGAUCGCCUUGGGAAUGGAAUACUUAUCUGGCCUAAGGGUUGUUCAUCGUGAUCUAGCGUUACGAAAUGUACUAAUGUGCGAAAACAAAAUUGUGAAGGUAGCCGAUUUCGGGUUAAGCAGGGACGUUUACCAAGACAAUGUGUACCUCAAGACGGGAGCGGGGAAAUUACCAAUAAAAUGGAUGGCUCUCGAAUCUCUAUCGCACCAACAGUACACGACUCAGAGUGACGUUUGGUCAUUUGGGGUUGUUUUAUGGGAAAUUGUAACUUUGGGCGGUAACCCCUACGCUACUAUUUCACCGCGCGACAUGCUAAGCGUGCUCAGAAGUGGAUACAGAAUGGAGUGUCCCAAAAACUGCAGUCUUGAAUUAUACGGUAUUAUGAGACAGUGUUGGAAAGACUCGGCCAAAGAGAGGCCAACCUUUCAUGAUUUGAGAAUAAUGCUGGAAAAACUAUUGGAAAGUGACAAUCGAUAUGUGAGCUUAGAUAUUUAGAUUACCUAAAUUUUAGUGUCGUAGGUAUAAGUUUUACAUUAUAACAAUAAUUUUAACUCAUAUUUUUAGUAAAUAGUGUUUUAAAUUAUUUAUUGCUGUACCUUGUUGUAUUACUGUUAAAAAUGAAAGUAUUCACACUUGAAU